AUUUUUAAUCGUUUCUCCCAGUGUCGUUAAAUAAAUAAUAUAAGGGACCUUUUCAUAAAUAGGCGAACGAAGUUUUUACAUUACCUCAGAAACUACAAUCGAUUUUAGAUUUUUUUUCAUAUUUCGCGGCCCAUUCAGCGUAAAAAUUUCAAGGUAUGGUGGUUUUUAAGAAAAUUUAUUUCCCAUAAGGUUAUCAGGUCAGUUGUGUUGUUGGCGUUUGAAAAUCAAAAUUAACCGCGUGUAGCGUACAAUGCCGGGGUGGAAAACACAUGCAGCCCACACUUAGAUACAAACGUACACACACGAAGUUAAUAUAGUGAAAAGGGGCCGAAAUUAAGAAAAGUGCAAAAGAAAAGUGGAAGUGACAGACUGUGUGAGACUUUGAAGCGAGCGGUAAGCCAAAGUCGCCUAUAUAGCGCGCGGAGUAUCUAGAAGUGCUACGCUCAAUCGCUCCACGGUGAGACAUUGUACAUUGUUACAUACUUUUUUUUGCGCUAAUUCGACUCAACAACAAUGAAUGAUAGCUGAUGGUGACAGCCUCGGCGUCGACAACUCUCUACAGUCAGUCUAAUAAUGUAACUCAAGUUGAUGUGUUCGUCGUACGAGCUGUAGUUGGAAAAUUUGCAAAAUUGGGAAAAGCAGAUAUUCAUUUUGUGUUUUAAAUUUUUUGUUUUCGGGGGGUAUACGGAAAUGGACAAAAGCACAAGAACAGCAAAGAACGCGUAGAGAAUCCAACAAAUACAUCAUAAUGUCGAAAAUAAUCGAUAAAACAGACAAAUGUGAAAGCCGCUAAAAAGGUACUUUGCAACAAGAAGAAUUUUUGCAAAAAUAAAAGAGAAUUAGAAUAUAUAAAAUUAAAAAAAAAAAUAAUGGAAAAAUGGAAAUGCGUAUACACAUACUUGUGCGCAUACAUAGGCAGUGUUACUAACGAUGUGCUAAUGCAGGCGGACCGUUAAAAGGAAAGCAAAAGUGCUCGUCGCUCGUAGUUCAUAUGAAAAUUGUUUAUACACACACACAUACAUAGUAUGUAUGUGCGGCUAGUUGUUUCUUUUUAUCUAUAUACAUAUGUGUAUGUGCUCUUUGUGCUGUGCAAGGAAGUCAAAAAUCGUUACGCUUCCUUCAAGUCUACUGCUGUUAACAGGAAAUCAAAUUCUCAAACCGUUGUAGUUAAAAAAAAAUAAUGUAAUGUCCUGCUGCUAAGCGUCUUGAAGUGUAUUGUAUUUGUACCAAAGUGACCUUUCACAGUUGGAUACGAAGCAAAAUCAGAGCCGUGCGUUUGUACACCCCCAGCCAGCCAGCCAGCCAGCCCAACAAGCAGCGAAGCAAUUACAUGAACGACACCAGCAGCAGCAGCAGCGGCAGUAGCAAAAGCGGCAGUGACAAUAGCAGCAGCGUCCAAGGCAACAACAUCAAGCACAACAACAACAACGACAAGAACAUUUUAGUAUAUCCUGUAAAGGCACCGCUUACAAAAAUAUGAAAAAAUCGAUGCCAGACUCCGAUACUUCAACAGUCACAGGCAUAGUCACAGUCACAGUUACAGCUACAGGCAUAGCGAGAGUCAUAGCCAAAACAGCGCAGCAGCGGCAGUAAAUUCAGCAGAGCAGCAACAAUAACAACAACAACAACUACUCUGUACAUUGCAUUGCAGAAUUAAAUUCAUUCAUCUCGCAGCACUUUGAUAUAUUUUCCCUGAUUUUAUUUGCUGUGCUGAGAAAAAUUUCUGUUUCGGUGGGCAUAAAAGGAAAAGGCAGAAAUUAUUGUUGCAUACUUGCAUGCAUACAUACACAUUUAAUAUGUAGUAUGUAUGUAUGUGGUUGUUGAUUUUCCGGAGUUUUAAAAAAAUUAUUAUCCUACGCUUAUUAAAAAAAAAAAAAAAACGAAACAUAAUUAUAAUAAUGGCUACUUCAUCCGAUCUACUGCAUCAGCCUGAAUCUAAUAACGAUGCAGAGGAAUCGAUUAGCAAUUGUGCAAAUUCCAACAAUCUACUUGCAGCGGAGUCGCAUGCCGAUGAAGAAUCGAUACAAGCAAAUGUCGCAGAUUCCGAAGUAGCAGCAACGUCACCUGGACUCGACGAAAACGAAGACGUUGACUCCAAAACGGAUUUUAGUGCAACACCGUGUCACGAAAAUACGAAGGAGCAGGAACAGGAACAGGCACAGGAGCAGCAGCAGCAGCUGCUAGAAGAGCAACAGCAAUCAUCAACUCCACCUUCGCCUUCCGCCGCAACACAGACGCAAGAGGCGCAUAGCAAUUUUUCACCAGAUGAAAUACCCGAACCUAUUAAGGUGUUAGAUGAUAUAAUUUCUGAAUUUGAAGAUACAUCAAAGCCAGCGAACGCAGGUGGUAACGGUGAAAAUCAGUCCGAGGAUGAUGGUUACAUGAGUCUCAGUCGAAAGAACAUGCACAAGCAAGAUUUCGAAAAUGUCUCACAGAGCAGUAUUAGCAGCAAUGCGCCACCAACUAUCACGCCAACUAAAGAGUUUCACGAAUUUAACAAUACCACAGAUGUUACCUGUCCAAGCUUGGAAACACCUGUCGAUCAAAAUAUUAUACAAUCUACUUUGCCAAAGGCGCGUCCAGCUUCUGCACUGACGAGCAACAACUAUUCUAGUCUUCCAUGUUGCGGUGCGCGCUCCACAUCAUUGGAUGGCAAAACGACGCGUGGCGUUAGCUGUAAUGGUGAACGCAACAAGUUGGGCAUCGAUAUAAGCGCGGUACAUAAUGCGGUAUUACGUGGCGGAUUGGCAAAAUUACCAGAGCCAAUUUUAAAUGAGCAUCCCGUUACUAUAUACCCCGGCCGUUAUUCACCACCAACCGAGAACAAGCGGAACCCUAAUCGUCCAACGCGCAUAUUAUCCUCUGUAGAGAAACACAAAGAAGUUUGCCACAUACUUAAUCCCUUGUCAUCGAUUUCCUCGUCAUCCUCCUCGUCAAGUUCGAAUUGUAUGGGCCUGAUGGAUGGCGGUAAAGUGACGGAAAUGCCGCAUAAUAUUAUGAAAAAGCCAUAUAUACGUAAGGACAAAGUUACAAAUGAAUUUAGUUUAGUAAGUGAAGAUGAAUUCUCGGACGAUUCGAUUGAGGAGCAAUCAUUAUCGCCAAUUACAUCACACUCCUCACCGCAUAAACAAAGUGGCAUUGCGUGGGAGAUACAUUUUAAGAGCAGUAAAAAGAAGUUGAAAAAUUCAUCGAAGAAAAAGCCACCACGUAAACAUGCCGCCGAUUGUAUUGUCAAAACGGAAAAUGGUGGCUAUCCUCUACCCAUAGUGACUAGUGACUCUUAUUAUUCCAAAGAUAUUGAACGCGCUCAUCGGCGAGAACCGAUUGUCAUAGAUGCCUUGGAUGGAGCAGAUCAAUGUUCAGCAGCCUCAGCGGAUAUUUUAAAUCACUGCAUGUACCGUCAUACAAAUAUGUUGGGCAAAGGUACAUUCAUAAUACGGCGGACCGCAAAGAAACUACCAACAACAAUGGAUAUAUUCCGCAAUGAAAGCGCAGAAUUAGAUAAUAUGCACGCAUGCGAUCAAAGUGACUAUGAAGAGUUUUCCUCAAUGGAAGGUCAUGAGAACUGUAAGCCGAGCGACACAUUGAGUUCUAGCUCUAGACUUAGUAUGGAAUUGGUAGCACCACUGGGACCACCAUUGCCAUCGCCGAGAGAUCGACUUUCUUUAAAUCUUGAACCACAAUUACCAAAUAUUUUUACCAAAGAAAUAUUGGCUGUGCACAAAGGAGAUCGCUCAUCUUCCGAAGAGCUUUUGGCACCUAUUAAAAAGACAUCGCUUAAAAGAGAAACUAAAAGACGCAGCACCGAUUCUAUUAAUACGAAGUCUUCCAGCUACGAAGAAGCCGACGAUAAUGAACCUAACGAAAGUGCUAUUUUGUUUUCGAACAAAAAUAGUUUCGACGCUUGCAAUAUGUACGCUUAUAAAAACGAUGCCGCAAGCUGUUUGAAAGGGCAAGAAUUUGCAGAUUUGCGCUCGUCCACAACAACGACUCCACAUACCGAUCUCGCACCAACACUUGAGGAGGAGGAGGAGCAAUAUAGUGAUUUUAGCUAUAGUGGUGCACCUGUUAAGCAACAUGAAAAAAUCGAUAGCGAUAUAAACGCGCUACUGCGCGGAGAUAUCGCUGCGGUACGUAUCGUUGAAGGCGGUGCGCAUCCUAAACGUCCACUCGAAUUUCGUCCCGGUGUGCAUAAGUCGGAGAGUGCAAAGGAGAUGUUAUUGUCUCAAAGUGCAUUCGGUCCAUUGCCGCCAUCGCCACCUUCAUCCAAUCCAGACUUAUUUGACUACGAUGCUCUACCACUGCCACCAUCUCCGAAGGAUGCACUUCUAGUUAGCGAGAGUAAUCGCAGUCUUGUGAAAAGCUAUAAAAAGACGACAGCUGCUGAAAUUCAUACGCCUUCCUCAUUGGGCGAUGAACGUCGGAAUCGUGACAAUAUGAACGCUUUGCGUUAUCUAAGCAACGAUUUGCCGCCACCGCCACCACUACCACCGCCCGCAUUUGAGAAUAUGGCACCGAUUGUGCCACCACAUCGUGGACAUUCGGUGAAUACGAUGAAAUCUUGGUCCAUCGAUUCACAUUAUAAGAAGAAAUCACCGAAAAUGUUAGGUUAUGGUAGUGGCAUUACAACGCCAACGGGCUCCCAAUACGAUGGUUCGUACUCAACGAAACGUUACGUUAACUAUGGCACCAAACGGAGCCUGAAGCAAUCGCCACGCGAAGAAUUGCGUUUGCAAACUUCAUGCAGUCUGCCGGAGACACCAAUUUUUGCACGAGGAAGCUGUGACAUACCACGCACACCCUUUAGACGGCAACCCGAAAGUAGCAUAAGUGGUUCCCGCACAGCACCACGCUCCAGCACAUCGCACAGUAUUAAUAUGGGUAAUACAAUGGGUGGCAUUUCGGGUGGUGGUAACACAUUCGGUGCUGGCAUGUGCCGCCAACGUUCCAUGAAUCAUGCGCUUGCCUCCAAUGAGAUGCUGCGCUUGGCCGGUGCACCAGCACGUGGCUGGUAUCCAAAACAACGUACUAUGCGUCCAGCAUCGACUGAGAAUAUUGAUCGCUUGAGUUCAUCGCGUGUCUGGGAUAGUGCAGCUGGUAUGUCUGGUACCGGACACUCAAGGAAACCAUUGACGCUGCCACCCAACUUAACGCCAUCAUUUUUGAAUAAGUCACCACGAGAAGCUUUACGACGCGUUACUAGUCUCUUGAUAGCGAAAAAGAAAAAUACUAAAGAGCGCAAGGGCAAGCCAUAUUCGGAUACCACACUUGAUGGAAAUUUGACUUUCGAUCAAGACACUCCACUCCCGCCGCCCAAAGAUAGUUCGCGGAAUUUCAACAAUACGUCACAGAAGCCUCAGAAGAAAAAAGGCCUUUUUAAAAGCUUAUGGAAGAAAACAAAACACUUUUCGUUAGAUCAAUAAGUAACAAUAACAGUACACAAAUAAACCGUAACAAUACAGAAUUUUUACACAUUUAGCACACAAAAUCCUCCUACCCAUCCAUCCAAAGAGCCACACAAUCAACCACAUAACUACACAGUCACACGUACAUACAUACUCACAUUCAAACAUAACCAUAUUUAUGUAAGAGAGUUGCACAUUACCGAUUAUCAUCUACAUACAUAUUUAUUAUCGUUAUAUACUCACAGUUAGCAUAGGUAAGUUAUAGCCGUUGAUAUGAUGCUCAUAAUUAGGUACUAUAUACAUACAUACAGACGGACAGACAGACAGACAUGCAUACUUUAAAGUUUAAACAGAAAGCAUUAUUAAAUGCUAUACCAGGCAAAUUUUUACAUAACAUAAAUAUACAUACACACUUAAAUACACGCAUACAUACAGACAUAAGUAUUAUUGCCGGAAUAAAAGCAUCAAUACAUAAAAUUAUGAGUACAUCAAAUGAAAAUGAAAGUAAUUAAAAUAAUAAUAUGAACACAGAGUAUAGAAAUGCACAAAGCCGCAAAACUAAAGACUGAAUUUAAAAAAGGAACAAAAAUUAAUUAUUGAUAAAUCAAAUAUAAGACACAACUCAGUUCAGCUUCACAUAACUAAAACUGAAAACAAACAAAAAAAAAAUAUUACAUAUAAAACAAUAUCUUCUCAUUUUUUAAGAGUUAACGAAAAUAAAAAUAAAUACAAAAUGUUCAGACUUGCACGAAUCUAAUAAAAACUAAUAAAACUUUCGUCAAACAACUUUGGUACCAGCAACUAUGUACGUAGAACUUACAGCCAAAAUUUCGAGACUUACUUGUGUAAAUUGACUGUAACUAAUUAGAAUUUAGCCAUACAUUGAAGAAGAAGAAGAAUAAGAAGAACAGGAACAAAAGCCAGCAAACAUUAGAGGCAAAACUGCCUAGUCAUAAAAUGAAGAUUUUUUUUUUUUAGAAUAAUGUACUUAUUUUCUACACUCUUCCAACCUACAUUGUAGUGACAACAACUACACUAGAAAUACAUACUUACAUACUUACGAACGCGUGUUGGGUUAUAUUUACUAUUUAGUGAACGAAUACUUUUAGCAUUUGAAUGCAUGUUUUCGUAUAGUCUUUACUUUAGUUUUUUAAGUACAUAUACGAAAGUAUUUUGAGAAAAAAAAAAGAAAGUAUAUUUUGAAAAAGGUCAAUCCUCUUUUAAGCAAUAUUUGGCUAUCUUUCAUAUUGUAUGUACUAUGAGACCGAUAAAAUACAAGUAUGUAAUAUCCUUCAUUUAUUUAAAGUAUACCUAUGUAUGUAUUAUUAGACAUUUUUAUAAAGCAAAUAAAGUUAGCAAGAAAACAAAAGCAGUUAGUAGGAAAGCACCAAAUUGUAAUAUCACUCAAAUUAACUUAUUUUUAUGAACGUUAGAUGUUCUUCUACAACUUAAUACUGAGAAAACUUAGGUCAUGUUUACAGCUAUCAACGAAUGGAAAUAAGGAAGAUCUGCAAUGCCUGCAAGUAGUUUGUCAGGCACUUAAAAGAAAUAUGUACAUAUGUACAUACAUAUACUCUAAUCAUUCAAGCUCAUUUGGAGAAUGACGAGGAUUUUAUAAAGUACUUAUGAUGAUUACAGGUAAAGCAAAAAAACUAUAAAAAUCGUCCACAAAUAAAGAAAUCGUCAUCUGAUUGUCCAUUUCGCGUACAGAUGGGAGCAACUGAUUUUAAAAAAAUUUUAAGCAGAGUCCAAUAAUAACUGUUUGAUUUGAUUUUUGGAGAUUGAAAAAGUUGACCAUAGAUCGAAGAAUAUUUUUAUGUUCUUAAUUAAGAGUUAUUGGUUGCGUUCGCCACAUACAAUUUUUUAAUAGUUUUCCUAGUCUUUACAGGUUGGCGUUCGAUAAUGACUAAAAAUUAUCUAUCACUCAAAAAUUGAGAGAGCAAACGUUCAUUUCGCGCUGGAAAAACUUAAGUCAUCUAAAAUUAUCCAACACGAAAACAGCGGUCGAAAAUCCAGCAAAAGUUACUCAAAAUAUCAGAGAAAG